AUGCUCUACCAGUCUGCCACCGAUGACGGGCGUCUGUCUUUGUGUGUUUUCAGCCACGCACCGGGCUACGACAGUGACCCCAGCACCCCGAUGUUGUACAGCUGCAGCACGCAGUACCGCAUACACACACAYGGAGUCUUCAGGGGCAUUCAGGACAUGCGGCGGGUUCCCAGCAUCGCUCCGGCCAUAGUUCGAUCGGACACCAGCGAAAAGCGCCCRUUCAUGUGUACUUAUCCCGGAUGCAACAAGCGCUACUUCAAACUGUCGCAUCUGCAGAUGCACGACCGCAAACACACAGGUAGGAACCAACAAAAGCAUAAGAGACACAGUUGUAUUAAUGAUGGGAUUUUAUGCAACUGA